UAUUAAUAUUAUUAUUUUUUUGGCUACUGCUACCUUUUGACAAAAGCUGGGGAUGGACCACUGCAAUCCAAAUCUAUCAUUUUUCCAGUUUCCCAUUUCUCAGAUCUCCAAUCUUUUCUUCUCCUUUACUACUACUUCCACUAUCUUUCUCCUCCUAAAUCAGUACUACCCAGUGCCCACCUUCCCAAAGCACUUCGCUGUUCCUUCCUUCGAUCAUAUGCUUCUUCUUAUCUGGUAUUUGUUAGAUUAUAUAUAGUCUCAAUCGUCCUGGUGAAUAAUGGGUUCUGGAGACUGGUUUAAGACCAUAAUUAGCCGAAAGAAAGUGAAAGAGGAAAAACCCAAACAACUAAAGGGACCACCUACUAAAAAAUCAAAUGGGUUCAAGUGGAGACAUCGCUCUCGUAAAGAGUCAUCUAGUAACUUCCUCAAUGGCAGUUCUGGUGGAAACCCUGUUGUACUUGGUAUGCCAGUUGAGGAUGUUGCAGCCACACGAAUUCAAACUGCAUUUCGGGCAUAUAUGGCAAGGAAAACUUUACGUCGUUUGAAAGGAACUGUAAGGUUACAAGCAUUGACCCAAGGCUAUCCUACAAAGAAACAAGCAUCAACUACUUUGAACUAUCUCCAUUCUUGGAAUAGGAUACAGACCCAGAUUAAAGCCCGUAGAAUCUCCAUGGUAACUGAAGGCCGAAUUAACCAAAAGAAACUAGAGAAUCAGUUAAAACUGGAGGCGAAGCUUCAUGAGAUAGAGGUGGAGUGGUCAGGCAGCUCUGACACCAUGGAGGAAAUUCUUGCCAGGAUAUAUCAGAGAGAAGAAGCUGCAGUUAAGCGUGAGAGAGCCAUGGCAUAUGCAUUCUCUCAUCAGUGGAGGGCCAACUCUAAUCUGAACCUGGGACAGUUUGCUUGUGAACUUGGCAAAGCUAACUGGGGUUGGAGCUGGAAGGAGCGUUGGAUUGCAGCUCGCCCAUGGGAGAGCAGAGUUUCCAUCAGCCCAAGUCCCAAGAAGGCCCGGAGUAAGAAGACAGGCAAGCUUGGUAACAGUACAAGCCUGCCAGCAACAAAAAUCUCUGUUUCAGUCAAACCUACUUUGUCUAAUGGGAAGGGAUCCAUAAAGCCAAGGAGAUUGUCUUACCCAAAUGCUCAAAAACCUGCUGAAGAUGCUAAGUUAUCAAGCAUGUCUGGUUCUGAAACUGAAGAAAUAAACCCCAACCAAGAGCAGCCAGUAUCUCACUGAAGAACAGAGAUGGAGUAGAAGAAGAGUUGUUUCUUUGAUCCUGCUUCUUUCUAAUUGGAGAUAUGAGUGAUUAAAAAAAAAAACAAAAAUUUGAUUGUUUAUUUCUUAUCAUUUAUUUAUUUUUUGGGUGAUGUGUAGUAAUAUGGUUUGCUGUGCAGUGUGCAGAAUAAACAAAGUUAUAAGCCCAUUUGUGGGGCUAAGCUUGAGCAUCUUACAUUCACAUUGUAUAUAGAAAUAGCAAAUUAUUUAUGGUUUUGGAAUUGGUACUCUCUUAAGCUUCUGUCA